CGAUUUGAGACAAACAUGAAAACAGAGACCGAUCUCCACGUGUUUGCAUGAAUGCCACCUCAAAGCUGAAAAAUUUGUCCUCCAUUUGUUUUUUUUCACCCUUUUCCUAUUAUGUUCUCUGUCACCGCACAAUAGCAACAAGUCACUCUACAAUGGCGGAAACGUUCUCUCGCGGCGACGCCCAAUACUGGCCCAUCUACGGUAGCAGCAACACCACCGAAAGAAACAGCCCUUACGCUUCUCUUCUCCGCCUUCUCCGAUCUCAUUCACCAACCUCCUCACAGCUCUUUGGUCUCCUCGCUCUCUUCAUAUCCGGCGGAAUCCUCCUCUUCCUCCUAGGCGUAACCGUGACGGCCGUCGGGAUAGGCUUCGUUGUCUUUCUUCCGCUGAUCAUCAUUUCGAGUCCGGUAUGGAUCCCGGUAUUUAUCGGGGUUGGCGGGUUCUUAUCGGUGGCCGGUUUUCUUGUUGGAACGUUGGCUGUCGUAUCGUGGGCGUAUCGUUAUUUCCGUGGAAGGCACCCGGUUGGAUCGGAUCAAAUGGAUUAUGCACGUGGUCGGAUCUAUGACACGGCCUCUCACGUCAAAGAUUAUGCUAGAGAGUACGGUGGGUAUUUCCACGGUAGGGCUAAAGAUGCAGCACCUGGUGCUUAACCUUAACCUUAACCGGUCGUUAUAAUCUGGUUCAGGGUAAGAUAACCUGUUCGGUGUAUGGAGGAUAAACAUGGUUCAUGCAUAUGGUAAUAUAAAUAUACUACUAUAACAUUUUGUUAUUUUGUUUCCAUUAAUAAAUAAUAAAAAUGAAUAUAUCUGGUUAUGUAUAAGCUUUAUAAGAUU